ACCAAUGAACGCGGUUGAAACUCAAACGAAGCCAUGUUGUGGCGAGUCACAAACGUCAGCGGGGCGGUGCUGAGGACGAUAAUGGCGGUCAUGCCGCGCAAGAGAAGAAAUGGCCGGCCAAGCCACACGGCUCCGACAAUGCGAUUGAACUGAAACAAGUUGCGACCGACGAUGCGCCCUCGAAGGAUUACGGUGUAAAUGGCCACCAGAAUUCCCACAACGACGGAAAUCACAGACACGGCGAUCGAAAUGACCGACAAGUACUGGGAAGAACUGUGGGGCACUUCCAACACUUGGGCUUCGUGGAUGUUGGGUUUGUACUUGUCCGAGAUGAGCUUGAGCGUGUGGAAAUCGCCUUCCACAGACACCACUUCCCGAGUCAUUUCUGCCCACUCAAACAGAUAUAUCCACCCAAACACGUCCCAAGUUGAGCCGACUAGAUCAGAGUUGGAACCACUGAGCAACGACUGGUCGAGCAAGUACCAGUUGUCCUCGGACACUGCGUAUUGAAUCAUGGUUGGAUCCAACGCCACCACA